UGUUCCCGUUGUUGCUAACCGUCUUUUGGGCUAAUUACAGCCGUUCAAAGUCCUCAACUUUUAAUCUCAGCCGUAUAAAGUCUCUAAAUUCCUUCUAGAAGCAGCAGUUCACGGCAGUUCAGCUCUCUCUCACCCAUGAUCUUGCGGUUUCCUGCAGUUUAUCAAGAUGCACCAAUCAGAAAUACAGGUUGCAAUGCGGUUUAAAAUGUGUUCCUUAUUUUCAGGGAGUUAGUGGGGUAGUGGACACUUAACUGCAUUUUUUGGUGCCUAUAUAAUACAAGUUCAGGUAGUGUAAUCUUCUGAAUUUUUUUCGCUCUUCCUGUAUUCAUACAGCAACACAUCUGCAGCAAUGGAUAUCUCGGAUGACUUCGUGGACAUUUAUGAAGACGAUCAGCCUGCAAAGAAAGUAAGUUGGAAUCUGGGUUUUGAUGCAAUGACACCGAAGAAGAAUCAAAUAUGCAGCCCAAUGAAAGAUUCUCCGAAGACGGACAGUGGAAGUGUAGAGAUCAUUUCAUAUGGACAGUAUUUUAGUCCAUUCAAAUCUGAAAUGCAUAGGGAGGUUAUUGAACAGAACAUAGAAAAGCAAGCUAAAAGAAAGCAUGCGCUCCUAACUUGGAAAUGGGAUGAGGUCAUUGAUAUUACCCAAAGUGAAGAUUCGAAUGGUCAGAAAGAUGCUUCUAAGGCAAAACAACAAGAUGAUUUGGAGUCUGAGUUAAGUGAUACAGCAGACUCUUUGGAUAGUCCAUUGAAAAGAUCAAAGAUUCCACGUAUAUCUAAAAAUUGCAACGAUCAUGUUGGAUGGGUUGAAUUUUAAGUUUACUCAGUUUAAGUCCUGUUUGUCAUAGUCAUCUUUUAUGUUUUGCCUUUCAAGUCAGUGUUUGUUAAGGUUUGUUUGUUCAUCUAUUUUUAGUUUAAAUGUA